ACCUGGCUCUUUAGGUUAAGUUCUUGGGGGCUCUCGGCGGGUGAUGGAAGUCCCACUCCAACCGCCAUCUGGAAUCGGAAUAUUCGCUUCCUCUACACGUUUUCGUUUUCCGCAAACGUCCACGCAAUUAAAAUCGGCAUUGCUGUCCGAAGGAUCUGUCGGGAUUUGCCGUCUAUCGUUCCCCAAAUCUCGCCGGCUCCUCUUCGCUCGAAGUCCGACACUUCUCGAAGCUGUCGUCGAUCUGAUCGGGGACUCUCUGAAAAGAUCUUUUCUAUGGUUAUCGUUGUAGGUAGUUUUCAAGGUUUAUUUCCUGCACAUGGCUGAUCCUGAUGGUGAGAGUGAAUAUAAGUGGAUAGAGCAGGUGAAAUCUGGAGGGCCGGUUCCAUGUCUUGAACCAGAAAACUGUCCAAAUGGUUGGGCUACUCCACUGGGUCACAAGUUUAUGGUAAGAGGCCCUGACUAUCUCUCAAACAAGGUAAAAGUACCCGGUGGUGAAUACCUUUUAAAGCCUCUUGGAUUUGAUUGGAUCAAAGGUCCUACAAAAAUUGGUGAGGUAUUAAAUCAUCCAAAUCAUCGGGUUAGGAAAGCUAUUGAUGAUGAAAUUGCAAAUGGCAACAACCCUUUUGUUUGGGCUUUCAAUUUGCAGCUCCCAAGCAAGGAUAACUACAGUGCAAUUGCCUAUUUUGUAGCACUUGAGCCUAUACAAGAUGGAUCUCUCAUGGAUCAAUUUUUGAAAGGUGAUGACACAUUUCGUAAUUCAAGACUCAAAUUGAUUGCCAACAUAGUCAAGGGGCCUUGGAUAGUUAGAACAGCUGUGGGUGAGCAGGCUAUCUGCAUAUUGGGGCGAGCUGUUUCUUGCAAGUAUGUGUUUGGAUCGAAUUUCAUCGAGGUAGAUGUGGACAUUGGAGCUUCAAUGGUUGCCAAUGCAAUUGUCCACUUGGCAUUUGGUUACGUCACAACACUAACAGUAGACCUAGCAUUUCUUAUUGAAAGUCAGACUGAAUCAGAGCUCCCAGAACGAAUUCUUGGAGCUGUAAGGUUUUCAGAACUUGAUCCAGCUUCAGCUGGCCUGUAUGAGCAGCCAUCUGAAGAAAAUUCAGGAAAUCUUCAGACAUCUCUUCCUACAAGAUGGUGGAAAUCAAUUGGGCAGGGUUUUUCUCAUUUGAUAAACCCAGGCAAUCAGGAUGGCUCUACAUCCACCCCAGACCAGUCAGAACAUGUUAAUGGCAGUUCUCAUGGAGAAGAUGGUGGUGAAAAUAUGGAGAAAUAAUUCAUUUAUCGCUGGUCCUGAACUUCUGGAGAUGGGAAAUGACGUAAAUAUUAUGCAUUUAAAGAAGGGAGAGACCUAAUUGUACAAUUUAUAAUUAAAAUUAGUACUUGUGUUUGAUCAUUUGAAUCAUUCAUUGCUUUUAGCAUUUGAGUCAUUCAUUGCUUUUAUUUUUUUUAGAUCAUGUAAUUGAUAAUCAAAAAGCUUAGACAGUUGCUAUUUUGCUUUGUGAGCUUCAUGUCUUCUAGUGCAUUACUGGUUGGUAUGUACAUAGGAUAUCGAGAUACAAAGUUGUGAAAGCAAUGGUUGCUUUUCUUCAUCACCGGUGGCUUUGUCUCUAACAAGAGUGAUUAUAACACAGUGCUGGAAAAAUAUUAGUUCAAAAUAUUAUGAAGAUUUAAA